AUGGAGACAACGGUGGCGGCGACGGUGGCUCUACAAGGGGGUCUGCGACUGGAGGAAGAAGGGGAUGCGCAGAGAAGGGCAAUGGUGAAUGCGAUAAUGGGAGCCCAGCUCUCCCUUGGGCUGAGCAACCCGACCCAUCAAGCCCAACAACCUAGCUAUGUUGAGACCAGGUCUAUGGAGCCCAAUAGGCAAUCCAAUAUUGCUUAUCAUCAUUUACAGGGGUAG